UGGCUAUGGCCGUCUAAUUCUGUCCCGUUGCUGUUCCUCACGCACUCUGUUGUGUCUUGGUUGGGGGCGCCAAUCGUGGCUCCAGUCGCCAGACGUCGCUGCGUGAAGUCGGGCUUAUCAACCCGACGAAAGGAAUAGGAAUUCCUGGUCCGGGCUGGUCGGUCACUCGCUACUCUUUAUCUUGUAUAGGUGAGUCAGGCACAGUUGGUGAUCUUUUCUUGCGGAUUAUUCUUCAGUUGCUAUAAACUACAAAGAUUAUCUUCCUCGCGUCGAAUGUGGUCUAGUGUUUUGAGGUGACCGACGCGUUCAAGCCGGCAAGAACUUAGCGUGGCUGCAGAGGGAGGAAGCACUUCAGAAGUUGUGCUACUGAAAUCUUCAGAUCCCUUGCCCACUCUUCUGCUAUACAAUGAUUCAAGUAGAUGAGUCAGAUCCGGUUGGAGAGUUGGAGCCCAGCUUCCCGUACCGCGAUGUGACCAUCCGACGCGGAGUGGACAUGAAGGAGCUGUAUGACCUCCAGUCAGAACUUGGCAGAGGUAAGUUUGGAACAGUGUAUCAGUGUCAAGAGAUGAGCACUGGUCUUCAACUAGCAGCCAAAUUUGUAGCCACACCAAAACGUGAAGAUCGCCGCAAUGUUGAGCGUGAAAUUGAAAUUAUGCGCCUACUGCAGCAUCCACGUCUCAUCCAACUGUAUGAUGCCUUUGACAAUGGGAAGGUUAUGUGUGUUGUACUAGAGUUAAUUGAAGGUGGUGAACUUUUUGAGAGGGUGAUUGAUGAUGACUUCAUUCUAACAGAGAAAUCCUGCACAGUUUUCAUGAGACAAAUAUGUGAAGGUAUUGAGUUCAUUCACAAACAGAAUAUUCUACACCUUGAUAUGAAGCCUGAGAACAUAUUGUGCCUUACAAGAACAGGAAACCGAAUUAAAAUAAUAGAUUUUGGCUUAGCAAGAAAGUAUGAUCCUCAAAAAAAGUUACAAGUAUUAUUUGGAACACCUGAAUUUGUGGCACCUGAGAUUGUUAAUUUUGAACAAAUAUCAUUUGGAACAGACAUGUGGUCAGUUGGAGUUAUCUGUUACGUGUUGCUUUCUGGAUUGUCACCAUUCAUGGGAGGAACAGAUAUUGAAACAAUGGCAAAUGUAACAAUAGCCAAAUAUGAUUUUGAUGAUGAAGUUUUCAAUGAAAUCUCACAGGAUGCAAAGGACUUUAUUCAGAAGUUACUUUUAAAGGACAAAGAGCGACGAAUGUCUGCUACCCAGUGCCUGGCGCAUACUUGGCUGAGGAGAAAACCAAAACCACCACCGCCUGUUGCAGAAGAGCUCGACAUAGCUAAAGAUAACUUACGCUUCUUUGUGGAGCGAUGGAAUGAGCAUCCAAACAGCCCAUAUUUGUUUGAUAAGUCUUGCCACACCAUUUCUCCUUGUAUUUUAAUGUCACAAGAGAUUGAAACAGUUCCAUCCCAGAACUCUCUGGGUGGUCUGUCUCCUUCACCUUGCAGCUCCUUGUCUGUCUCAGUCUCCACCUCUCCUGAUUCCAUCUUGGAACAUGAGCUCCUAGGGAAGUCUCCCGAUGAGACAGACUAUCUCCACCACUACACAUUUGAAAAUAAACAGCCUCCUCCUCCAAAAUAUCACCUGGAGCGGCUCCAGACAUUUGAGCGUCGAGCAUCAGACAGUUCAUGUGUCUUGAGGAGAAAUGGUGAUACAGCUGCUAGGGUCAAUCUUGCAGAUGAAAUACGCAAACUCUCAGACAAACUGUUCCAAAUGGCAUCCUUACAUGGUCCCUCCUCAGAUCUUGAUAAUAAUAAUGUUAGUAGCAUUCGGGCUCCUGCUCCUGCAAUCCCAAGCACACACCAUGGCUCCAUACAAUCAACUGUCUUCAAUGGAACACCUCACCCUAUACCACCAGUUCCAAGCAGAAAAGACAGUAUUCAGGAUGAGGGAUUAACAGGAGUAAAACGUCCAAAGUUCCGCUUCUCAAACCUGAACCGAGAUGUUCCUCUUGGUGCACCAGCACCUCCUACCAAUUUCACCUCCUUCAUGGUUGCUAACACUACUAGUAUAUCACCAUGCUCAUCUUGGAACUCGUUAGACACCUUCCCAUCCACUUCUAAUAACAGCCAGUCUUCUGCCUCCCCUAGCCACUCAGCUCCAGUGUCACCCCAGCAUUCCUCUGAAGCAGACCAUUCUGAAACUCCUUGUGCUGACAUCACUAAAGAUCUCCUUCUUCACCUGCUUGACAAGUGGGAUGAUAAACAAACAGUAACAUGCAGUCCAAUAGAAACCUGUCGCAAGUCACUUUCCAUGGAUUGGUCAGAGGAAGAAUCUUUGGGUCAGCGAACUAUGACCUCAUUAGCAACCUACUUUCAGUCAUCUCGGACCAUUAAGAAAAAGCAUUCAGUUUUACCUUCACAAUUUGGAGUCUAACUAUAAGACAAAAGUAUGGCAAACUUAGACUACCAGGACACACAUAAAAUUAGAGACUAACAGGUGAGUGAUGUGUGUUUGCAAUAUCAUCCGCAGAGAGCGGCUGAAUGCGAGUCAGUGCCUGAGACACAAGUGGCUGAGUGAGAUGGCUGUCAACACAACACUCAGCAAAGUAAAGCUGAAACGCUAUGUCAUCAAGAAGCGAUGGAUCAAAGCAGUCAAUACAAUCAUCGC